AUGCCUUCCCAAGACAGGGACACCCCCCGUGACCGGGAAUUGGUCCGACACUCUAUGACAUUGUCCGAUUCCAAAGUUCCAAUGUGGGACAGUUCGGAUCCCGAACGCGCACCGCCGCCGCUGCCAAUGAAUCCUCGUUCAAUGAGCCCAAUGAGCCCUGCUGCAACGAGGUCCAAUGUAUCUCCCAAUAUUCAAGCCGUCGCCGCGAAAUUUACAGAGCGGCCCAGUGAGCAUGCGCCCAGCUCCUAUACAACAAAUCCCAUGCCACCCAAGACUUCAUCACCCGAGCGAUCGUUGGUGAAGGGGCAGCACAAGCGCAUGCAAUCUCUCCAACCUGAAGAUACCAGACAAGAUGCGCGAAGCGAGUUUAUGAAUUAUCUCGAGAAUCGGUCCCCCGAGAGGCCUCUUCGCGCGACGAUUGUUGAUCCGACAAAACCACGGGACACAAACAAGCCAACCAGCUCGCCAGCGCUUCGUCAAGACGCAGAGCGGGAUAUGAACUACUCCCUAUCGAGUCGAUAUUUAUCCAAACCCAUCCUAGGAGAAAGCACUCCGCCAUCGGCUACAAUGUUAGCUCUUCAAAACAUGCAACUCCCCAUAGACUCCGACCCUCCUUCUCCCUCCAAACCCCCAAAAAUGAUUACAGCGCCAAUGGAACCCAGACCUUUGACCCCCAAGACUGCGAGCAUGGACUCUCUUUCGACUCAAAUUCACAGCUUGACGGACAUUGCAAGCAGCUUGCAACGCGAGAUGAUGAACCUUAGCCGACGUAGCAAGGAUAAUGCUACGGACCUGGUAAGCCUGAAGGCCGCAACCAACGCCCGAGAUGAGGACAUUCGCAAGAGUCUCAAGGAUCUGUCUUCUCAUCUGAAAACCAAGUAUUUGGAUACAGAUACUGCAAGGUUUGAUUUCAGUACUCUCUUCAAGUAUGGAGAUGGGUCUAACCCGAAGGAUGCGGAUAGUUCUCCCCAGUCGAAGAGAAGCUACUCUGUGCCUCGCAUGCCCAGCCCUAAUCCAUUCGCCUUUGAUCGGGACUCAUGCGUGUCACCUUCACCGAUCUCCGACGGUUCGGCCGCCCUCGCCUUGCUCGAAAAGGUAUUGCGUGAAAUGGCAACCAAAGAAGGUGAGGAACGACUCUUAGAGCUUGUGGAAGAAAUCAAAUCCCGUCCCGCAGCGAGCCCCUCGGACAAGGAUGCCGAUACCAAGGUCACUGCCAUGCUCGAGGAGAUUCUCAACCUCGUCAAAGAAGACCCUUCGAGCAAAGCCCUUGUACGAUCCAGAGGCAUCACCGACAACCUCGAUUCCCUCCAGCCUGACGAUGCCCAGCCCGAGGGCACGCGUUCUCGGUCAAUGGGACCUAUGAAUCCAGAUGUUGUACGUGCACUUGAUAUUUCUAAGACUGAUAAGACCGAUGGCUCUGCACCCAAUUCCGACGAAGUUUUGGCAAUUCUUCGAAGUGUCAAGAACAGCGUCGUCGAAGGAGGUGGUAUGACCAACGGCGUCAAGAGCCUUGUCCGUGAAUUACGAGGUGAGGUUCUAGGAAUGGGUCGAGAACUUAGUCGACGCCUCGACGGCAUCGAGUCUGCUCGUGCGAAUGAUCAAGCCGAGGACCAGCCGCGACCUGCUGGACCAGAAGAAAUCUCAGCCAUUGUCAACCGCAGUCUUGACGACCUCAAAGAGCAGCUGGCUGCUACUAUCAAUGAGAGUCGCCAACAAUCCUCCGACUUGUCUGAGUUCCGAUCAACCAUGAACAGCGCCGCCAUUUACUCUGUUGUGAAGAAAGCCCUCGACGAGAUUGAACUUCCCCAGCCUCACGCUGAGCCACGCGGUGCUGAAAUGGAUAGAGAGGACAUUCUCGAAACAGUCCGUGAGGCAUGGGAAACGUACAAGCCUGAGAUCGAAUUCAACAACUUUGGCUUGGAACGCGACGAAAUCCUCACCUGUUUGGAAGAAGGUUUCAAGUCUCAUCAGCCUCAGCACGAGUCUAUAACCUAUGACCAGGUCCUUGCAGCUGUUGAAGAUGGCAUGCAGAAGUUCAUCCCGCCACAAAUCGAACAGCCGCCUGGUAUCUCCCGAGAUGAAGUCAUCCUGGCCAUUCGUGAAUGCCUGGAGAAACAGCCUGAGCCUGCUCCCCGAGGUCUCGAUGAGGAACAUCUCAACCAUCUCAAUUCCAUGCGUGAUCAGAUUCUCGAGUCGGUGGUCAACACUAUGGCUACACACAGCGCAAAUGUUAGGGGGCUGGGUGAAGAUGAUGUCAACCACCUUUACGCCAUCCGUGACGAGAUUAUGGACGCUGUGACUGCACUGAACGAAGGCUCCAAGUCGCUGGACGAAACACACCUCCACUCCGUUCGAGAUGAGAUCAUUGAAGCUGUCACUGGAGUGAUGACUGCCCAGAACACAGGUUCCCGAUCUAUGGACGAGGAACACGUCAAUCACCUGACCGCCCUUCGUGAUGAAAUCCUCGAAGCAGUCAAUGGAGCCAUGGCUCUCCACAACGAGGGCUCCCGGUCUAUCCACGAGGACCAGGACCAUGUUGGACACCUCAAUUCUAUCCGUGAUGAAAUCCUUGGAGCAUUGGCUGGUUCAAUGGCCCAAAGUACACUCAGCAAGGAUUCUCUCGAUUCUGGACUUGGUCGUGAUGAGAUUGUCAGCGCUGUCUCUGAUGGCCUCGAGGCCCACUUCACCGCAGCCAAGGAGAUGGAUGAACCACACAUUUCCAGACACGAUGUCAUGAACGCUGUAAAUGAAGCAUUUGAUGCGCAACAAUCUGCCCUGAGCGUUGGCACUCAACCAAAUGUCUCUCGCGAGGAGAUCAUGAAUGCCAUUGCCGAGGGUAUCGAAGCUUCAAUCAAUGCCCAACAGUCAGCCAUCAGCACCAAUGUGCAGCAGUCUGUCUCUCGUGAGGAAAUUUUCACCGCCAUUGUUGAUGCCAUCGAGCACUCUCAAUCCUCUCUGAGCAACAAUGGUCAGCCUGGGAUCACCAGAGAAGAGAUUCUAGGAGCAAUUGUGGACGGCAUGGAACAUUCGGCAACUACCAAGGAACCAAGUAUCUCCCGAGAUGAGAUUUUGAACGCCAUUGCAGAUGGGAUCCAGAAUUCGAACGGCGCUGAACGAGCUCUCACCUUGGCUGAUACUGAGCACGAGGAUGAGAAGCCUGCUCCCAUCUCUCGUGAGGAGAUUUUCAAUGCCAUUAUCGAUGGAAUCGAACAUUCCCAGCACUCUCUGAACAAGAGCGUCGAGCCCAGCAUCUCCCGCGAUGAAAUCCUCAAUGCAAUAGUACAGGGUAUUGAACGCUCUUCCGGUCUCCAGCAGUCAAGCAUCUCCAGAGAGGACAUUAUCAGUGCCAUCGCAGAAGGUAUCGAGAACUCAAACACUAGCCAACAGUCGGCUCUGGCCACCGUUCCGGAACCACCUAUCUCGCGCGAAGAAAUCCUGAGCGCAAUCGCCGAAGGCAUCCAAAAUGGCAACUCAGUCACACGAGAGAUUGAAUUGAACAAGGAUGACCUUAUGGAUGCAAUCACGGCUGGUCUUCAAGAGGUAAACAGUUCCGCAACCAACAAUGUUGGCGGAGAGGUAAUGGAACGCCUCCAGGACCUACUCGAAGGCAUGAAGGAGGAAUUCAAACAGUACUCUGCCGCCAAUGGAAGGGAUACAGAGCAAGUCCUUGAUGCAGUCAAAGAUGGCCUCGAGGUCGUCCGCAGGGAAAUCGAGUCGUACGUUGUCACAGCUGCCGAAGUUUCAGGCAAAGACGAAGUUAUCGACACUGUCAAGGAAGGAUUCCGCCUUCUCCAGGCUGACAUGGAAAAGACGAUCACCGACACUUCCCUUUCAAACGGCUCAAAGGGUAACCCGGACACCCCAGAGCUUUUGGAUGCUAUGGAGAAAGAGUUUGAGCACUUGCGAGGCACAAUUACUACCCUUCUCCUACGCGAGAACGCCACUGCGGACAAGGACGAGAUCAUCGAUGCUAUCAGGGAAGCUUCUGAACACAAUAAGGGCAGUUCUGGCGAUGAUGAGGUGGUUAACACCAUCAAGCAAGAAUUUGAGAACCUUCGAGAGCGCAUGGACUCGAGCGUCGUCCGGGCUGAGCCAGGUGCCGAAAAGGACGAGAUUAUUUCGGCACUCCGUGAGCACUUCGACAACCUACGCGAAGAGACCUCGCGUAAUGGCAACGAAAGCACAUUGUCCACAACAAGCGAACUCCUUGACGCAUUCACGGAUGGUGUUGACUCGAUCCGGGACGACUUGAAGAAGCUAUUGGAAAAGCCGGCCAAGUUCGACAGCUCUGAAAUUCUAGAGACCAUCAAAGACGGCCUUGCUGAUCUGAAACUCGACAUGGAAAACCUCCGCGAAUCUCAAAAAGAGCCGGAACAGGAGGGGAUGCGCGGCGGUGAACUCAUGCUUGCAAAUGAGACCCCGUCUGCUGAAGCUGAGAACACACUUGUUCCCGAUAUCGAUGGUCUUAAGGCGCUGAUCACUCAACUCCAAAACAAGGUUGAUGCCAUUGAAUCCACCCCCCGUGCUGCAGAGCCCGCCGAGGAUGCCCUGAAGCAAUCGCACCUUGACGAAGUCCUAAUGGCUCUUCAGGAGAUUCAGCUUGCUAUUGGUGAGAUGGGUGCUCAAAAAGGCCCGGAGGAUGACAACACAGCCAAGAAGCAAGACACCGAAGCCCUCGAGCAGUUGCUUAUGAGCACGAAGGCCCAGAUUGAUGAGCUGGUGUUCCCCUCACCGGACGAGGUCGCGACUUCCGAGCAAAUCGGAGCUCUGGAGACUAUGAUUCGCGAAGCCAAGGAUUCUAUCACCGAGUUCUCUGGCCGCAUGGAAGCCGAAGCCCCCACAAAGGCUGAGAUCGGUACUCUGGAGGGUCUCAUCAAGGAUGUCUGGGUCGCACUGGACGAGCUCAAGGGCAAGGCCAAGGAUGGAGAGGAAGAGGAGAACCCCGAAAAGCUACUCAAGUCGGAUUUGCAAACAGUCGAAGCUAUGAUCUUCGAGGUCAAGACUCAGGUUGACGAGCUGAAGCUCCCCGACGUUGAGACCCUCCCCACCAAGGCUGAAAUCCAGGAGCUUUCCACCAUUGUUAGCGACUUCCGUGAGAAGAUGGAGGCCAACAACGAAUUAACUGCCCAAGGAUUCGAUGCGCGCAAGGUCGAGCACGGUGGUCUUGCCGAGAAGAUCGAUGAGAAGAUCGAUGAGGCCAAGUACGUUGUUGGCGAGCUCGGAGAUGAACUCAAGAGCAAGCUUGACGGCAGCAACGAAGGCCUGAGUGAACUAAAGCAGCUGCUUGAGGGGCUCGCCAUUACUGCCGAGAACUUCAGCACCGUCGACAAUAUCAAGGAACUGAACGAUCUCAUCAACCGGGAAUUCGAACGUUCCCGCGGGGAAGAGGAUGCAGUCAAAAUUGAUCAGGAGGAGCGUGACGCUGCUGCUAUCGUCAAACAUGACGAGACACGGGCUGCUAUUAUUGUCGAACUCGGAGCCAAGAUUGAUGAGAAGAUUGCAGAAGUCUUGGCCAAAUAUGAAGAUGCGCACACCUCGCUCCACUCAAAGUUCUCCGAAACCGAGGAGCGAGACCUGGCACACACCGAAUCGCUCACGAGCACCAAGAGUCUUGCUGAAGACAUCAGACUCGUGAUCGGUUCUAUGGGUGACACUGUCAACGAGACCUGCGAACGUAUGAAUGAGGAAACCAAAGUCCUGCUCGAGCGUGUUAACGAGUCUCGCCAGCAAAUGGAGGAGAUGCAUAACGAUGUGAAGUCUCAUCGGGAACAGUCCCAGGCUGAUACCGAGAAGACUGUUGCUGCCACUGAUCGAGUGGAGAGCAAGCUUCUCGAGUUCCACCCGCAGAUCCUGGAGAGUGUGCAGGAAAUUUUGACAAUUGUCAGCCAGCACUACGAUCACUCGCAGAAGUCAGCUGAAGAGUUCAAGUCGGAGCUGUCGGCUCUGCCAGCCAACAUACCUCAGAUGCUCCCUGCGCUUCCUCCACCUGAGCCCGAGCCCGAGGAGGCAAGCCGUACACUUGCCAUCGAGGACACUCCUGUCCAUAGCAAGCUCGACGAUCUGUUGGAGCAUGCUAGAAACAGUCAGGUCCAUGAUAUCCUGAAGACUCUGCUUGAGCACUCCAAGAAUGAGGAUGUUCAUGAAAAGCUCGACCGGGCCUUGCUUCAGCCCACAAAAGACGAUGAGCUCCAUGAGAAGCUUGAUCGGGCUUUAUCCGAGAACUCCAGAAAUGAGGAGCUCCACGAAAAGCUUGACCGUGCUCUAGAUCAAGGGUCAGAGUACAAUGGCCAAAUCUAUGAAAAGCUCAACCAGCUUUUAGAUCACGCCACCAAUGGUUCUGGUCCUGUGCACGAGAAGCUAGAUGCUCUUCUAAGCCGCCCCACUCAUGCAACGGAUCCCGAACAAUCGGUUACCCAGAUGAUGAAGCUUGAUGAAAUGCACAAGGACAUCAUGGAGAAUGCACGCCGGAUGAACGAGAUGUUUGCAGCUCAGUCAGUGAUUGUUGCUGAAGAUACCGAGAGAAAGCGUCGUGAAGCUGAGGAGGCUGGCAUCGCUUUGGAGCGGAGAGUCGCACAGCGCGAGCAAGUUGAAGCCGAGAUUGUCAACUUGAGCGAAGAGAAGGAUUCCCUUCUGACCAUGGUCCACCGUCUGAAAGCGGAGAAGGAAGACAUGAUCAGACAGAACAACAAGCUCAGCAAGGAUCUGGCUGGUCUUGAGACAGCCCUCGAGAUUCGCCAUGAAGAAAUGCGACAGAUGGAGGAUCGUGCCGAUGGCCUCGAGAAGCGCAUUUUGGAGGGUGUGCUCGACCAUGCCCGCACUGUUCUUCUUAGCCGGUCCAACAGCUUGCAGGCUAUGAACCUGAAGAGGAACCGAAGCACUCGCAGCAACCGUACCUCUCGCUCGGGUGCCCGCAGCCCCAGUGCGACGAGCACCGCUAGCACCGCUAAGGAACCCAAGGACACCCGCAGUCUCCUCGGUAAUGGCGUUGGCAUUGCUCUGAAGCGCAGGAUGCCCACCUCUCUUCAAGCAGGAACAGUUGCUGUGCAGCCUAACAUUGGAAAGGAACGCCGAAUUCUCAGCUUGAGCCAUGUCACGGGCAAUCGAGGCGCAGACCGCCAGGUCAGUUCCAACACCGGUAUUACGAAUCUGAAGCGCAGCCAUUCGGUUAAGUCGAAUGCUCUACGCAACACUUCAUGGGCUGGUCGAUCCUCCGUUAUCAACAAAGAGAACGAGCCUUUCCACGAGGAGGAUGAACUUGCCAGCGAACCAGAGAGCGAAGCUGGGCCUCAGCGCAAGACAAGCUACGCUGGAACCGACCGGAAAACCAAUUACGCAGAGAGCCAUGCUCCUUCAGACCGCAAGACGAGCUACGCUGAGAGUAACGCUCCCACCGACCGGAAGUCAAGCUAUGCCCCUAGCAAUGCUCCUUCGGACCGAAAGACCAGCUACGCCGAAAGCAAUGCCGGUACCGAACGGGAAACAGUGUACGAAGAGAGCAAUGCCGGCACGGAGCGAAAGCCAAGCUACGCCGGCAGCAUUGUCGAGAGUGUGGUUACCGAUACUACCGAUCCCCGUCGUUUCAGCGGUGUGACCUCCAACAAUGACUACGAUGACGCGGAGAGUUCGGUUAUCCAGCAUGACCAGGAGGACCACAAUGAUGAUAUCUCCAUCGAUGGGUCCGAGUCAGAAGACGAUGCGCAUACUGCGCAUGGGGAUGAGCAUUCUGUAAACGGGGACCACGAAGAGGAUGACGGGCAUGAGGAUGUCUCUCGGCAGAUCAGGGAGGCAAAUUUGGCUGCUGAGGCGGAAGUCUUGAAGCUUUUGGCCCCGCCUGGCGACAGCGGUCUUGGUACUGAUGUUGCUGUUUGA